UCUUUAUUUUAUUAUUUCCCGAUCAUGUGACAUCGAUGUAAACAAAAAUGGCGGACGUUCGGCUGUACAAUAUUAUUGUUUUAGGUGUUGCGUUUAUGCUGUUAUUUACCGCCUUCCAAACAGCUUCUAUGGCAGAGCAAAGUGUGCUGGCAAGUGAAAAGAAAAAUACAAAUGGAACUUUUACAGGAGAUGGUUACACAAGUUUGAGCAUUAUCUAUGUAGUUUUCUCGGCAGCGAAUUGGAUUGCUCCGCCUAUUGUAGCAGUUCUGGGUCCUAAGUUUACUAUGUUUGUUGGCAGUAUCCUCUAUUUCCUGUUUAUCCUGUCGUUUCUGAAGCCCAUGGUUUGGGCUUUGUAUCUAGGAUCAGUGCUUGUUGGUAUAGGAGCUGCCAUUUUGUGGACAGCUCAAGGGAACUUUUUGACAAUUAACUCUGACUCAGACACAGUGUCACGAAACAGCGGGAUAUUCUGGGCUCUCUUACAGUGCAGCUUGUUGUUUGGGAACAUGUACAGUUAUUUUGUACUGAAGGGCAGUACAAACAUCACAGACUCAGAGAGGACCAAGCUUUUCAUUGGUCUAUCAGGGGCUGCUCUGCUGGGGGUCCUCUGUUUCCUUAUUUUGAGGAAACCCAUUUCCACAGAUACUGAAAACCUAGUCAAUUUGUCACCAAGUGACAGAGAAAAAAGAGAGAGUCCUCUACAGACAAUAAAAAGAGCUUUUCACUUACUUAGGACAAAGGAAAUACUGCUGUUAAGUGUGGCCAUUGCAUACACAGGCAUUGAAUUGACUUUCUUCAGUGGGGUAUAUGGAACCUGUAUAUCUAACACCCAGCAAUUUGGUCAGGAUGCCAAGGGCCUCAUAGGAAUCUCUGGCAUGUUCAUAGGAGUAGGAGAAAUACUCGGUGGUGCAGCAUUUGGAUUAAUGGGGAAGAGAACUAAUAAAUAUGGCAGGGACCCGAUUGUGUUGUUAGGUUUUCUGUCACACAUGGCAGCUUUUUACCUCAUCUUCAUGAAUCUUCCGAAUGGUUCACCUAAGAAUUCUGAUGAUUUAUCAACAUACAUGACACCAAAUCGAUAUGUAGCAAUAUUCUGUUCCUUUCUGCUUGGAUUUGGUGAUAGCAGUUUCAAUACUCAGCUUUACUCAAUCCUAGGAUUCAUGUUUCCAGAGGACAGUUCCCCAGCUUUUGCCUUAUUUAAAUUUGUGCAGUCUAUAGCAGCGGCGGGGGCCUUUUACUACAGUGAGGUGCUAUUACUCCACUACCAGCUGCUCAUCCUGGCUCUGCUAGGUGUGUUGGGGACGCUGUCUUUCUGCGUGGUGGAAUGGGGAGUCAGCAGGGCCUUCAGGAUGGGUUAUCAGACCAUCUAAAACAGAUGAGGUUUACCUGCGGAGAAGAUUACCUGUGAUAUUAUGUGGUCACAUGACAUGGUAACUUUAACCUGUGUCUCACAGUUCAGCUGAAAGAAACUGGUGCAAUAUACUAGAUUACGCUACGGAUGUGUUUAUUUUUGUUUCUUAAAUUUUGUAUGAAUGGUAGAUUGUGAAUGCCAAAAUGUUGUUUUGACAGCUUCAGACUAUUUAUAAUUGUUUGAAAAUAUUUCAUUUUAUGAUUGAGAAUUUUCUCUGAGAGAAAUGAGGUUGUACUUAUUUAGUGGCAUCACUUGAUUACAAAACAUUUAUGUUUGAAUCAUGGACAUUAAUAAUUUUAUAAGGGAAGUUAAUUUGCAUUUAAGAAUUUUACAUUACUAUGCAGCUUUUAACAUUUUUGAUAAAUAUUUUGUUAUC